GCACCUGCUUACAGGAGCGCGCAUUGGAGGAGGAAUCGCAUGCACGCGUCCCGGGCCUCAGUGGGAGGAGGCGAACAUUCCCGCGCCCCACCUUGAGUCCGCGUGCAGGCGAGCCUUCUUUGGCGCACCGUUCCCGCCAUUUGGGAGCCCCAGCACCUGCCAGACGACGCCUGCUUCCCGCCACACACACACCUCACUCACUGUUGUUGUCUCACAGACAGCUGAGAGGACACGCCCAGCAGAGAUGGCCAAAGCGGACCAGCGCUACGGUCAACGGGAUGGAUCAGACCAGAACUUUGACUACAUGUUCAAGUUGCUCAUCAUCGGCAACAGCAGCGUGGGAAAGACGUCCUUCCUGUUUCGCUACGCCGACGACUCCUUCAGCAACUCCUUUGUGAGCACAGUGGGCAUCGACUUCAAGGUGAAGACGGUUUACCGCAACGACAAGAGGAUCAAACUGCAGAUAUGGGACACGGCGGGACAGGAGCGGUACCGCACCAUCACCACGGCGUACUACCGUGGCGCCAUGGGCUUCAUCCUCAUGUAUGACAUCACCAACGAGGAGUCGUUCAACGCCGUGCAGGACUGGGCCACUCAAAUCAAGACGUACUCGUGGGACAACGCCCAGGUCAUCAUGGUGGGCAACAAGUGUGACAUGGACGAGGAGCGAGUGGUCGCGCCCGAGAAAGGAAAACACCUGGCAGACCAACUGGGCUUCGAGUACUAUGAGGCUAGCGCCAAGGAGAACAUCAACGUGCGGCAGGUCUUUGAGCGGCUGGUGGACAUCAUCUGCGUCAAGAUGUCCGAGCGAGUCGACGUGGAGGCGCCGGCAGCCCCCGGUGCCAAAACCACCAGACUGAGCGACAAGCCCGCCCAGCUACCGCAGAAGUGCUGCUGAUGGGUCAUCAGCUGUCGUCAAUCAACUAUCCUAACAUUCCUCAGUCCACGCUAGUGAGCCGUCAAUCAUGCUAAGCCACAUGGGUCACAUGACCACGUCUCAGACACGCACACACACACACACACACGCUAACACACACUAUGACUUGUUUGACCGUCAUCUAUCUUGUUGUCAUGUUGUCUUCAUUGUGUAGGCCUCCGCCAAGGCACAACACAUGUGAACCAGUUGGUUUAUUCCGUUUACCUUUGUAGCCCAAAACUCUUUAAUAUGUUCGAAUGUGAAAGUCAAAACAUGGCCGACGACCUCGACAAAGAGACAAAUUGACUGCCAGCAGUCCAGAUGAUUGCGUCCCGCUGAUGUGACAUCGUUGUCGAAACACUUUUCCUUGUGCCAUAUUUAUGAAAGCAAGCAAACUUAAGACUAAACAAAAGGAGAAAUAUUAUUAUCAAGCACACCAAAUAACGCGAGUGCAGGAAGCAAACGCCACUGCUGCUCACCUUCUGAUUUGCUGCUUCUCACUGAGCUGCAUUCUAGAACAAUCCGUACUCAACUUGAAGGCUGCGCCACCAAUGCACAACUCUCAGGCCGAGCUGCAGCCGCCCUCGUCAGUCCUCGCUGUGCUCUUAGUACGAGCAAACGCUUCCCUACUUGCACUUAGCAAAGAAGGAAUGAAGGAAGAUGGCGUGAGGCUUGAUGAGCUAGCCCUGCGGAGUGGCCCACUCAUGGUGUGUAACUAGUACCAGGGCCCACAUGGGGGAUGAGAAGAUGUUGUCGUGUUUCCUUCCCUGUGUGUGUGUGUUGCAUUUGAUUAUCAUGAUAUUUACUGUUGUGAGUGCUUUGUGUUUGUGCACAGUAUCUUUGAGCAAAGUGUGACAUCAUGAGCUGAUGAAAUGACAUACAGUAUGUGUGCAAAAGAAGGAAAAAAAAAACCCUAAAACUUGAGUGCAUUUCUGGUACAAUCUUCUGCCAAAAUGCUUCUUUAGCUGCGUCACACAGCUCACGUUUUGUGUGUAACUGAUGACGAUAUUGUUGAUUAUUUAUGGUGACUUUGUAAAUGAUAGAUUUAGAAGUUAUUCUGUGGAGUUAUUUUUGAUGCUGUGUAUAGAAAGUUGAUGUAAACUUGUUGUCAGUUCACCACUGUUUGGGGGAGAAGCACAAAGUGAAUGUACAAACUAUUGUCAAUGUUUGUAUAUUAUAGAUGCAGUUUAGUAUAGUAAAAAUAAUAAUCUUUAAUCA